AUGUCCAAUGAUGCUGACACGCUGCAGCGAUAUGUCGAUUGUGAAAUCAUCGCUGCGGAACCAGUCUAUCGCACAUACAAUCCCACAGCCCGUAACUUAUCCAGAAGGGCAAUCAAGGAUGCCCUGGAACGCAUAGAUGCAGAUUGCAAAUCCGUUCAUGAAUUUAUUCAGAAAGUCAGCACUAUUGAACACACUCUGCGAUGUCGACGUGCCACACUUCACAAUUUCCUUCAACCUGUGGCUGCCAUUCCUAUGGAAGUUUUACAACGAAUAUUCCUGUAUGCCGUUCGACAGAAAAAAGGGCAUCAUUAUGGCGGGUGCCUUCCUUCUCCUACCACCAAUCAUUACGGCGGGUGUCUUCCUUCUCCUAUCACUCUCAGUCGGGUCUGCUCGACAUGGAGACAUGCGGCUCAAUCAUAUCCUCAAUUAUGGACCCUCGUGCGACUGGAACCCUUCUGUCCUUCCUAUGCGCCAUAUGUCCGUCAUUCUCAAGGUCUCUCUUUAGAAAUUCAUGAGCAAGAGGGAGGCUAUAUGGAUGGAAGGAAGGGAGCGCUGAGAAGCGCUGGUGUUCGGGGCCAGAUAACCGCCGUAUCUUUACUAGUGGGGCAGCACAGGAGGAGACCCCUUUCCGAUGAUUUCUGGGAGGAGAAUGGCAUGUCAAAUGAGUCCAUUGAACGCCUGACUCUGGUUGCGCCUCUCCAUGUGAUUGAUCCCCAUGAUUAUGGAAUAAUUCUGACACGCCUUCCAUCACUCCGUCACCUGUUCCUUCAAAAAUUUUUCAUUCCAUUGCCUACUCAGCUAGCAAAACUCGUUACUCUCACUCUCUUCCAUGUUGAUGUCGAUGGCCUGGAGUUUAUCGACUUCAUCAAUGCCUGCAGCAAUAUCCAGGAAUUGACACUGGACGAAGUGUCGAUCAAUUGGCGCCACAAUUUCACCAAUCAACAGCUAACGUCUCUCCAUACUCUUUCUGUUCGCUAUCCACUCGAUACCGCAUCUCCUUUUGACUGCUACCGGAUGCCUAAUCUCCAAUACUUUACUCUGAGUUUCCCCCAUACAUGGAACAGAAAUAGGGACAUUAUGAAUGACAACUUGAGUUUUUAUGAGGUCCUUGAUAAUCAUCAUUAUCUUCCGAACCUGCGUACGGUGAAGGAUUUUAUUAUAAAUACACCGACGAUCAAGGUCAUUACCUUGGAGGGUGCGAUGAAGCCCUUAUUCUAUGCCCUCAAAAGAUUGUGGCCUCAUUCAUCUCUGGAGCGUGAUAAUCUUCCUGGCCUCACCCACCUCACCAUUUCUGUUCCGAGGUAUCUUGAACGACCUCCUGAACACACAGUUGGUAUCCGACUCUUGAUAAAAGCUCGCUUAGAAGGCCGUCAGGCAAAAUCAAGACCGCUUCAGAGAUUAACAGUGCCACGCUUCAUGUUUGAGGAUGAUCUGAAUUGGGUUCGAAGCCAGGUGCGAGAGUUGGAACUGACUGAUUGA